AUGCCGCUAGAGGAUGUUGUCAUUACUGGCACUAGCUCGGGUGCCCCAUCACCAGCUCUCAUCUCCCAAGCCAGCCCUGUGACUAUGGGACCAUCCGGUGAAAUGGCCAAGUUAUUGGCCCAAAUGGAGCAAAGGAUCCGAGAAGUAGAAGGUACCCACAACAUUCCCCAGGUUGAUUUCUCCGCGUUCUCGAAGGUCAAUGUGCCCGAGAAGUUUAAAAUGCCCGACUUCGAAAAGUACGACGGCACUUCCAACCCAGUGCAACAUGUCCAGAUGUACCAAGCUAGGAUGAGCAAGUAUGUGGCUAACGGCCCUCUGAUGAUUCAGACUUUCCAGGCCGGUCCGAAAGAUGCAGCUAUGAGAUGGUACACGGACUAUGAAAUCUACAGCAUGGAGAACUGGGAGAAGGUGGCUAAUGCUUUUAUUAAGCAUUUUAGUUUCAACUUGGAUGUUCUCAUUUCUAGGGAAGAUCUAGAACAGGCAGAGAUGAAGAAAGGCGAGACGAUUAAACAAUACGCCACUAGGUGGAGGAAUGUGGCAUCUCGGCUGAAGCCGGUACCCCCCGAGCGAGAGCUCAUGAAAUUGUUUGUCUCCACUUUACCUCGGACGAUGCGAUCACGAAUCCUUGGAUCUGCUGCGACGUCAUUUAGUCACCUCAUUGCAAUGGCUGAGGAGAUUGAGAGCGGCAUGAAGAAAGGUUGGUACGGAGAUGUUGCCACUAGUACCAAGAGAUUCACGGCAAAGAAAGACAAAGAGCCUGUCUCACGAGUUAACAUGACCUAUGCCCAGAAACCCAUGGCGCAGGUGCCGGUCGUGCGGAUCCCUAACCAACAGCGGGGCAACUUUAGUGCACAACGGCAAAAAGGAAAUUUACGUCCUCCUCGGCAAUUUACUCCUCUACACGGGACCCCGUCACGAGUGCUUGCGGUCUUACGUAAGAAAGGGCUUCUGACUUCCGAACCUCUACGACUUGGUAACACGAACUCACCAAGGUAUGACCCGUCAAAGAAGUGUGACUACCAUUGUGGUGAGCCUGGACAUGAUGCAGAUGGUUGUUAUGUGUUGAAACACCGCAUUCAAGACUUGCUCGAUUCCAAAGCAUUUUCAUUUCAAGACAAUAGUCAGCCAAAUACCAAGAAUAAUCCUUUGCCGGAUCACUCAGGCAAGGUUAAUGCUGUCUUUAGUUCCGAAGGCGGACGAAGAGGUGUUUUUAAGAUCCGGGUGGUUGACAUUUUCAAUGCUCUGGUUAGAGCAGGUUAUUAUCGAGUUGGAGAAAUAGUAUCGUUCGCCAAUUUGGAACAAAGAAUCUCAACUCUUAUGGAGAACGGGUUGAUAGUCCGGGCAAAUCAAACCGAGGUAGUAGCCAUUGUAUCUCAUAUUGUAAUUGAUUGGGAUCAAGAAUUUGCUGCUUUGGCUCUAUCUCAAUCUGAAUCUUCUCCGAAGGUUAAAGCAGUAGAAGCUGACGUGGCUAGUCUAAUUAAGAGUGAUCCGGAGUUAGCUGAUAUGCCCGCCUUAGAGGACGCAAUAGAUGAUGAACUCGGAAUUGUUAUACCCGAGACUCUGGUGAUUACUUCCCCCCAGCCUUUUCCUUAUAAAGAUGGCAAGGCGGUUCCUUGGUCCUAUGACCUUGCCCCGAUAACAAGGUCCGGACGUACUUAUAAUGAUGAUCGGCCUGCCAAGCAAGUGGCUGAAAAGGAUGCAAAAGAGUUUUUGGCUGUGAUCAAGACAAGUGAGUACAACAUUGUUGAUCGAUUCUGA